CUUUUCACCUACAUUCUAGUCUUUUGGUGUGUUCUUCUUUAUCUUCACGUAAGUUGUUGAGGCAAAAGUUGAGAUGCAUUCUUCUGUGUUGCUAAUGCUGUGGAUAUUAGGAGCAUCAGUCAUGUGGGCACACUCAGCUACCACUACAGAGAAACCCACUGAAACUCCGAUUCCAUGCUCCAAAGGCUGCACCUGUCUCAUUGACGACUACAGUUCUGACCUCAGUGUAUACUGCAGCUCCCGCAAUCUUACCCUUGCACCUUCUGAUGUUCCUAAGUCCACACAUUCAUUAUGGCUGGAUGGAAAUCUAGUUAUGUCACUGCCUGCUGCAACCUUCAAAGAUCUAAAUCACUUAGAUUUUUUAAACUUACAAAAUGGUCAACUUUACACACUGGAUGCGCAGGUAUUCAGAGGAUUACGUUCAUUGGCACAUUUACAUUUGGAGCGCAACAACAUUCGAACAUUACCAGGUAUUGUUUUUCAAAACACACCCAAUCUGGCCUCACUGAGCCUCCACAAUAACCAGCUCUCAAGAAUAGAAGACAGACUGUUUGCUGGUCUUUCUAAUAUGUGGCUGCUAAAUCUAGGAUGGAACUCACUUGCUGUGUUACCUGAAAAUAUUUUUCAGGAUCUGCAAGGCCUGCGAGAGCUGGUACUUGCAGGAAAUCGACUAGUUUACCUGCAACCACAGUUGUUCCAUCACCUUACAGAGCUCAAGGAGUUAGAUAUUACUGGAAAUCAUCUGAAGGUUAUCAAAGCCAAUGUAUUUCUUAAGCUUUCAAAGCUGCAGAAACUUUACCUGGCACAAAAUCAAAUUACUACAAUUGCACCCAGAGCAUUUUUUGGAAUGAAAUCAUUACGAUGGUUAGACCUAACUAACAACCGACUGGCAGUAAUCCACGAGGAAACCUUUAUAGGUCUUCAUAGUCUACAUGUACUACGCCUCUCUAACAAUUCUAUCACCAGCCUCAGGCCUGGGACAUUUCGUGACUUGCAAUACCUUGAGGAACUUCGUCUUAGCCAUAACAGGAUCAUUGUCUUGGGCGAAAGGAUCUUUGAGGGACUUGGUCAUCUAGAAAUGUUAGAGCUGGAACACAAUCAUGUUCAAACAGCACGUAUGGGUACCUUCCUGGGUCUUUCUCAUGUGGCUGUAAUCAACCUGUCUGGCAGCUGUUUUCGUAGUCUACCUGAUCAAGUUUUCAAGGGCAUGUCAAAGCUGCACAGCCUCCAUCUUGAUAAAGGAUGCCUGUCAAAAAUUACAGCUCAAGCAUUCAUUGGCCUCACAGGUCUCAGACGACUUUUUCUUCAUCACAAUAAUAUUUCUGUAGUAGAGCACCAGAGCUUUUCGGAGCUGCAAGGCCUGCAACAGCUUGACCUACGUUUCAAUAAGAUCACACACCUUUCCUCACAGACAUUCUAUGGACUAAGGAAUCUUGACUACUUACUACUGUCAAAUAAUCAACUUCGUCAGCUUCAUCCAGAAGUUCUGCUGCCUCUUCAGCGUCUUUCCUGGCUGGAUCUCUCUGGAAACCGGCUUGACCACUUAAUGAAUGGAACCAUGCAGAUGUUGUCCAAAUUGCGUUAUCUCAAUUUGAAAGACAAUUCACUUGCCAAUCUUCCAUCUGCCAUUCCUAAUAGCCUAGACCAACUCUGGCUUUCAGGAAACCACUGGAAAUGUGACUGCCAUGCUCUACCUCUGAGGGAUUAUUGUGUCAAGAGACCUCAGGCAUGUCCACAACAGGUAGAAAUACUAGCUGAGGGUGAGGAACCCCAUGCUGUUGUCACUAUUUACAAUAAUAUCACAUGUGAUAGUCCUGAUAACCUUGCUGGCCUGGAUCUGAGGAACAUAAGUAAUGAGCAUUUCAAAAAUUGUUGAUUUGACCAACAUUUUUUAUAAGUCAGAAGUUAAAUGAAUGGUUGGACUUGUUUUAAAAAGCCCUUUCUGAUUAGAUUUAAUUAUCUGUAUUACUUAAAUUACAUGUUCUCUGCAAUUACUGUUUUUAUUUUUUUUUUUUAAUCUUCUCUAUUCUCUAUUGAGUGUCUUUUCUUUUAUAGUGGAAUGUCUUUACUAACAGUAUUAAACAACAUUAAGUCUGCUAGUCGUCCAGUGAACUAGUCUUAAAUGAUCAAUCUGACUUUAUUCAGCUGGCAGAAAGUUCUGUUUUUCCUCACAGAUCAAGAUUUCCAUGUAAUCAAUUAUUCCAACCACCACUGCUGUCUGCAGUACAGUCAUAUAGGUUAAGCCAUAGGCCUAGUGUUUUUUUCUUACAACCACACUCUGCAAGAGUUCCACCGUUACAAAGCCAAUUUGAUAGUAAACAAACUUGCGAUAGGUGAAUCUUUCACCUAGCAUAGCUACACAGCAUAGUCGUAGCAAGUUGCUACUGAGAAAACCAGCCAUGCAACUUCAAGAACGGCGGGCCGACAAAUCUCCCAAGGACAGUGAAACAUUACCUUCUCAGUAGAUGUAGCUCUUAGGAGAUUUGUUUUUGCCUGACACCUCCACAACAAAAGAAUUUUCAUUGUGUACAGGGGGGGUUAGUCACAAUAAUUUUGCUGUUUACAACAGCAGAGUAAAAUCUAAAUAUUUUGUGACUGUAAAGGAAGCUCUACAGUCACCAAAAAUACCUAAACCUGCAUAGUGUACCUUCGAGAAAUUUUCUCAUAAAUACCACUCAUAGCUAGCACCUUUCCCACUUGGCACGGUGCAUGUAGAUUUGUUUACAAAAUGACAAAGAUAAUUUUGCAAAACUCCAUCCAUAUGGGGUGCUACAUCUGACAGAUGACAAUAUCAGCUUGACCCAGAUGAUCAUCACUUGUGGAUGUAUACAUGUGCAUGUGUAUAUUUCAUUAAAGUUACCUAUAUUUCCCCCUC